CAAUGCGACGUCGAAAUCUCGCGCGGAUGCGGUGUUUGAAUAUGAAUGGACGCAGACAGAUGUAGUUGUGUGCACGUUGGAUACUGCCGACAAAAUCUCGGAAGAAAACCACAAUCCAUCUUCAGCUCAGAAUGGAACAUAGUUAACCUUCACUCAAGUCACUGCUGUCUCUCAGCACCAACGGAUUCCAUCUCAACAACUCCAGAACGCCUUCAUCAUCAUCAUCAUCCGAAACUUCUUGAUACAGUUGUCUCAAGGCUCAGGUCUUAAACCCUACACCUUAAUCAUGUUGUCUGGACAUAACAACUUCCACAGGAUGGAGAAUUUCGGAAACGCAGAAGGCAACGAUUCACUACGAACUAACAAUGGCGGCACUCAUGCAGAAUCCAAGCGCAGACAGGAAGAUCGGAAAUUUGUGGUAUCGGACCAGCCCUUAUUCUACGAGGACGAGACUGGUCCCGGCGCCGUCAUGGCGUAUCUUAACGAGCUCCGAAAGCAGCAGCAGUUUGCCGACGUUCAUUUGUCGAUCGAGAACCACAUCGUCCCCGCUCAUCGAGCCGUCCUUGCCUGUUGCAGUCCCUACCUCUUUGACUUCUACAAGGAGAUGGAGAAUAACAGUAUCCCGUUGAAACACCGUCUAGAGAAUGUGAACCCCGCCGCCAUCGAGUUGCUGGUCAACUUUGCGUACACUGGAAGGCUGGAUGUACUCUAUUGCCAAGUGGAGUCUGUCUACCAAGCAGCCAAACAAUGGCAGAUGGGAAGAGUUAAGAAUGCGUGUGCCCGUCACCUUGUACAGCAACUCAACCCAAAGAACUGUCUUGACCUUCGUUCGUUUGCCAGCGCUGAAGAAGAUGAUGAGCUUGUCAGUAUCGUUGAUGACUUCCUCAAGAAAAAUAUCGACAGUGUAGCCUUGACGAAUGAAUUCCAGGAGUUGCCACGGUUACAGAUUGAGGUGGUGGCUACGAAGUCGUCGUCUAGAAUGAGCGACAGACAGUUGUUUGAGACGGCUUUAGAUUGGAUCCGUAGAACAGUGAAAUGUGGCACCAAACUGGAAACUUUACAACAAGAGCCUCAAACUCUUCUGCUCUCUGAGAACAACACCUUGAAAGACGUCGAAGAGUUCGGCGAGAUCGAACCGGAUCUAAUCAAAGACUACAAACUGGACGCCAAGAAGUACACUCUGAUCUCUCCCGCUAAGAUCAGCAAUGGUGUUAGUAACGGGAGUAACGCAAGUAACGGGACUCCUGCUAGUAACGGGAGUAACAGUGUACAGGAAAGAAACAAGGAAGCUCCGUCUGCAAGGAAACUAAUCCUCUCCCCGGAGGAUCUGAAUAAAGCUCGGUCACGGAUUGAAAAAUGGAAGAUUGUCGCGUCAACGGAAAUGUCAGAAAACCGAUACAUUGCCAUAGCAACUCUCAAUGGUCUGCUGUAUGUCAUCAUGCUGUACGAAAAACCAAGCAGUCCACAAAUAAGCCGUCCAAGCUCCAAGAGAUCUUUCUCCAUCGAGAGUGAAGGCAGCCACCCCUCUUUUGCCACAUUGGAACAGUCCAGAUGUGCUGUGGGAGUUGCUCAGCUGGAUGGUAAACUCGUUGCUGCGGGUGGCUUCAACAGAGACGAGUGCCACCAGACAGUGGAGGUUUAUAACCCCGUCACCAACACACUGGACAAGAUGGCCCCCAUGACGACGCCCAGGGCUAGGUUUGAGUUUGGGGUCAUCAACGGUAAGCUGUACGCAGCUGGAGGGUCUGACGGCCACAUGGAUCUGAGGACUUGCGAGGUGUACGACCCCAAGAAGAACGAUUGGGCCUGGGUUGCGGAUAUGCCGCAGGAAAGACCUAGCUCAGGUGCUACAGUGUUGGAUGGCAGACUGUAUGUCAUUGGUGGAUCCAGUGGCAACGUCGGACUCAGAACGUGUGACGUCUACGACCCAGAAACAAAUGAAUGGACAAUUAUCAGCAAGAUGCAUCACAGGAGAACGCAAGUCGGUGUGUGUUCGUUGAACGGUAAGAUCUACGCUGUAGGCGGAUCCAAUAACUGGAACUGCCAUAACACCGUGGAGGUUUACGAUCCAAAGAAUGACGUGUGGAAUUUCACUGCUCCGAUGAACUGCUGCAGACGAGGUGCUGCUGUGUGCAGCUACAAUGGUAAGAUUUUCGCCAUGGGUGGAAGCGACGGCCAGUCUUCACUAAACACAGUCGAAUGCUUCGACCCAGACACCGAGGAAUGGACCAACGUACCGUGCAUGUCCGUGGCUCGUGUGAACGCCGGAGCCACAGUCAUCGAGGGUCGUCUGUACGUCGUCGGAGGUUUCAACGGCAAGCUGUUCUUAAACACAAUGGAAUGUUUCAGCGCCGACGCGACCCAGUGGAACACAUUUGCGGUGCAUAUGCUGAGAGAUCGCAAUCAAGAUUCGCCGACGUUUGGAACAGAGGUGACAACGGAAAAUGAAGUGAAUGCAGAGAACGGAACUUCGGAAAAAGUCUUUUCGGAGUAGUUCCACAUAUCGUAUUUCAACAAAGCUAAGUUGUUGUAAUUUUCAGUUUCCAUGGCACAAUUGUUUCCUCAAAAUAACACUUAAGAGAUGUAAGCGUUUGUAGAUAAUAUGCUCGCAGGUUUUUAUUUGUGGGCAAAGCGUUUACUCCCUUUUGGUGCUUCUACGGUGAUAACAGCACAUUCAAAAUAAAUGUUUGGUAAGCACUAAAUAUUUAAUUGUCAAAAAAUCUGUGUUUUCUUUCCUUGCACGUAUGAAUAUUAAAAGUCAGUGUAAUAACGGAGGAUUUUUUAUGAAGCAUUGUGUACUAGUUGUCUCCCGACCUUGCUACCAUGGAAUCCACGUGUGUAUCGCGAUGGUAUAUCGUAAUUUGUCAGAGACGUUCUUAUGCAAAAAAAAAGCUUUAGCGUCGUUGUGUGACUAAGUUUUGCAAUUUGAUAAACAUGAUUACCAAAGUAUCGGCCCCACAAAAAAUUACCAUAUGUGGGUUUUCUGAAGAGUGAAGAAAUGUUACUAAUGGCGUAUUGAUUGUGAUUUCUAUUGCCUUGUGAGACUUGCCUGGACAUCGAAAGGCAAUGUGCACAAUGGGAAGUUGUAAUAUUUUGAGCGCUCAGUACUCCAAAUUUGUGCGUGUGUUUAGAGUCAUUGUGUAAAUCACUGAUGUAGUUUAAACUUUAAUUUUAUUUGCAUGUAUAAGUGCACUUGAAAAGCUUUCAAAAACAUACCAAGGACAUAUUUUGCCAGUGAAUUUUGUGUUUCUAUUUAAUGAAAAAUGUUAAGGAAUGUUCAAUGGCAAUUAGCGUUUCCUGUUGGAUAUUUAAAUUCAAGAAAAUAAAAAGGUAUAUUUUUCAAAAAGUUGGUUAAUUAUCAUGUUACUAAAAAAUAAUGAUUCGAAAUAAUGUUAAAGUACCUUGAAGAAAUUUAAACAUUGGUUAAUGAACUGUUACCAUAAAAAGCUAUUGGUGAAAAAAAAAAAUCUGAAUAAAAUUUAAUUUUUGGUAUAAGAGAAAGUUGCACUUUCCAAAAAAGCAGCGAACCUGCAUUCAAAUUGUUGGCAUUUUGAAGCAACAGUCUAAACAAUAUUUUUGGCAAUUUGUACAAGUAUCGGCGUUAUUAAUAGCCUAUAAACUGU